AAAUAUUAUAGAAUGAAACAUUUAUUUAUAGUCUGCAUUGCUGUAUAGGUUUUUUUUCUCUAUUUGUGGAAACCUUCCAAAUUUAAGGAAUAGUCUAGGCUAGUCAUAAAUCUUGUGUGAUUUCUAGGAAAGACUGAAAUUUACCUCCCUAUCUGAGUGGUUUGGAGUAAAAUAAAUGAAUUUAUUUUUCCAAUUUUGGGAUUAUCCUACGUGACAUGACGUCCAUCUGUUGCAGGAAAAAUGAAAUGUAGCAAAAGGCUGUUCCUUAGAAUGGACAGAAAUAUAAUUAUUUUGCUUCUGAAUCCAAAUUUGUUGCUAUUCUGCUGCUUUUUACCAUGAAACUUUAAAUCUCAUUGAUGGCCCCAUGUGGAUCUAGUAGAGAAAUCAACAAGUAGAACUGAUGAUAUGAAUUUCAUUUUACUAUAAAACGCAUGAAGAUCUAGUGAAAGUUUUCAUAAAGUGUGGAUGUAAUUAAUAAUUGUCCCCAACCACAGGGAGGUAAUUUGUUGUUUACCCUGUUUCUUUACUAGUCCGAUGCUAUAAUGCUUAUGAAAUUUUCUCUUAUUUUGAUGUUUAUCAUCUUUUAAAUCACACAGGCAAUAAAUUAAAAUGAAAUUCAGGUCUGGGCUGAAGAUAUAGAUCGAAGCAUCUAUUUUAGCGAUAUUUUGAAGAUUCUUAUCUGGGGUCUUCAGUUUGAUUGUAUAGAUUGGAGCUUGGGGUUUGAUAUAUGUUGUCAUGCAGAGGCAAAAAUAUUUUCAUUGUAAAGCAUAUUUUGGUUCUGGAAAGAACCUAAAUGGACAGAUUGAUUAUAGAGUUCCCUGUAUAGUUCCCAGCUUUCUUCAUGAGAGAAGUGACGUUAGAUUAUGUCUUAUUAGGGCAAAGAUCCCAUCUACCAUCAAAGCUUUGGACACUUUCCGAACUGAAAGAGUCAGAGGGGCUAAUGAGAAUCAUGGGGAAUUAUCUGAUGAAGAUGAGGAGCUCUGCCCUGUUGAAUGUGUUAAAGAAUUUAAGACUGAUGAGGAAUUGUCCAAAAUUAUUGAAAAGGCCAGAGGAGCAGAUUCUUUAGUUGUGGUAGAUUUUUAUCGUCCUUCUUGUGGAAGCUGCAAGUACAUAGAGCAAGGGUUUGCAAAAUUAUGCAGGGGGUCUGGAGAUAAAGAAGCUGCGGUAAUCUUCUUAAAGCACAAUGUAAUCGAUGAGUAUGAUGAACAAUCUGAAGUUGCUGAACGACUUAGAAUCAAGUCUGUGCCCCUCUUUCACUUCUAUAAAGGCGGGGUCCUGUUGGAAGCAUUUGCAACCAGAGACAAGGAGAGGAUUGAUGCAGCCAUUUCUAAAUACACAUCUCCUGCAUUUGAAGAUGCUUAAAAUCGUCAGUUAUGAUUCAAGUCCUUGCACCUUUACAACAGUAGUUGGUAAACUUCCAUCAAGGCCUACAUGGCUCGAGUAUAAUUAGAAGUAACUUGGCUUCUGUAUAUCAUUGAAGAUGGAACUAGGCGUGUUUAGGCGAUGCAAAAGAAUCAGGUAGGGGGCUUGAAAACCACUGUCAUCUGUCCUCCAUAACUCACCAGUUGAAUGGUUUAGAAGCACUUGAUUGAUACCAUAUUAAAGAAUCUCCAAAUGUAUCUGUUCUAUUCCUGUAACCCAACAUUUCUUAUGCAAUCAAUUACUAGUUAUGAACUUUGAACCUGAAA